GGCUUGCCCUCUAAUAAUAGCAUAACUGGUGGUUACAACACCGGCGGGUCCAUUAACUGUGGCUUUCUUAGCCUCAGCAGACGAAAGACUGCCACUUUAACUCUAACUAGUGGCGCUUCCGGUGAUCAGAUCACGUUAGCAACAAAUAGUCUGGCUCGCGCACCUUCUGGCCCUUCAACUGCUGGUCGUCGGCCUCAUCCUCCAUCCCAUAAUUCAUCAUCUCAGUCGCCCGACAACUCCACUGUUGGUGGAGUAACUUCAGUAGCCUCCUACUUUGGUGCUAGCGCAGAAAGCGGGCUUGGCAGUAGCAAUAGCAACAGCAUCAGCGCUAAUAGCCAGUCUUUAGGCACCUGUGAGACUUUCAGAAGUCCUCAGGUGGACUACUCUGGAGGCCUCACUUCUGCCCUGGCGUUUAGGCUCGCAUCUCUUAGUCUCACUUCUGCUCUGUUUUACGCUCCAAAUGGUGGUGGUGAUCGAAGCAACAUGACCAACGGCGAUUCCAAUGUGGCAACAGCUGAGGCUAUCGAUGUUAAAUCUUCGCGCAGCGGUACGCCUAUAUCUCUGCCUCCGAGCCAGUUGGUCGGUGGUAUGGGUUCUUUAGGCUCUGUGGCCUCUUCGGCCUCCUCAGUCGCCUCUUCAUCAGGUCUUGCACCAGGCAGCUCGGUUGCCUCAUCUGUGUCUUCUGCUGCAGCAGCUGCAUUGGCCGCUGAUGUUUUGGCAAACGGGGCUCGUGGACUCUCUCAUCACUCGUCUAAAGCCGAUCUACAGCCUUCCCCUGCCUGUCCCCGACUUGACGAUGUGCCGCUCCUCGAGCCAAUCGUUUGUCCCCGUGCCUCACACGACCGAUUAACAGACCUCGUAUUUUGCCGCGAUGGCAUUUAUAUGGCCUGUCAACGCGGCCUUAUUCUCACGUGGAAGCGACCGCCGAUGUCUUAUAUGCCUCAGCAACAGCAUCCUCAAAUCCAUCAACAGCAGCGGCAGAUAGUAAACGAUGAGAGGUACUUCAGCAACGGCCAGCAACAGACCUUAUCUGCUCCUCCUUCUCCUAAGCCACACUCAAAUACGGUGAACCUGGGCUCCACAAGGCAUAGAUCGCAUUCAGGCCAGGCCGGCCAACGCGAGAACUGCUCCUUCCUUAAUGCAUGUUCUCUAAAUUGGAAAUGCACCACUUCUCGUUCUAAGACCAGCUGUCAACCUUAUGCUUCGAAAUUUACUACCUUCACUACCUCCACUCCUCUUAUGAAACCAAAUAGCACACCGCCGGUAUCAGCACGCCACAAAUCACAUAGUGAGCUGGACACCGAGAGGUCAUCAGAAGAACACCCCAAAGUCGCUAGCGUUUCUCUGCUUGGUUACACAGCUCCAACACAUGUCGAGAACGAAAUGGCUGUGUCUGGGACUUAUUACCAUACUGAUCAACAUUGUCGACAGCCGCCCCAGCAGCACCAUCAACAUCAACCGGUAAAACAUCAGUCACAGUCUGAUUCCAGAGCUUCUCACUCACAGCAGUCUGCAUACACUAUGUAUGCUCAUCUUCAACAUCAGCAGCAUCCAUCUAACCAUCAUCAACACCGUUCUUCUCUUCGCGACCCAAUUCAUUCAAAUCCUCAUCAAUCUCAAUCAUAUCAGUCAUGGCAACAGCAACAAAAAUCCCAUCAAUCACUCAAUCAGCACCAUCGUCGCCAUCACUACUCGGAACAUCAACGACAGCCAAUGUCCAAACAAUAUGUCUACAACCAUUUACACCACCUAUAUCAUCACAAUUUGCCCCUCAUGAUUACCGGGUGUCUCCUAAUCCCCUUUCUUCUGACUCGCGACCUCCAGACCAGAAACUGUAUUUAUCUGUCGCAAGUUAUCGGGCCGGGAGUCAAUUACAUAUGCGCCCACAUCGACGGUCCAAUUUUUUACUGGCAGCCCUAUCUCACCUUCUCCCUCAUCUCCUACCUCUUCUCAUUCAUCUAUGUGCCUCGCCUCAUCUGCCUCAUCUUCAUCUCAACUAUAUCACCAAUCCUUUCAUUCCGACUCAGCUUUUGGGAUCAAUUCAUGUGUUUCUAA